CUACCCCUUGCCCCACAGGUCUGGGUCCUGGGAUUGUCCCAGGGCAUAGAAACACAUGUUGUUUUACGAGUUAGUGACCUUCGAGGACGUGGCCGUCUACUUCUCUGAGAACGAGUGGACCUGCCUGGCCCCGGCUCAGAGAGUUCUGUACAAGGACGUGAUGCUGGAGAAUUAUGGGGCCGUGGCUUCCCUGGCAUUUCCAUUUCCUAAACCGGCUCUGAUUUCCCAGCUGGGGCGAGGGGAAGCGCCCUGGUGCUCAGCCACUCAGGGAGCUCUGGAUGGAGAGGCCCCAAGGGCCAUCUCCUCAGGGGGUGUGUUGAAGAGCGAGGAAGAAGAUUUUAUUCUGAAGGAGGAAAUUUUUGAGGAGCCACAGGACCACAGGGUGCCAUCAAAUGGACCCUGGUGCUGUGGCUCCCAGGAAUUCUGGUUUGGAAAAACUUGUGAAGAGAAAAGCAUAUUAGGGACAUGGCCUGACUACUCCAAUGGGGGAAGUGUGGGGAACACUACAAAUGAUAUUAUAGAAGUGAUUGUCAAAGAUGAGAUGAUCUCAGUAGAAGACAGUUCAGAAAAUAUCAAUGUUAACACUCACCUUGUUAUACAUCAGAAAAUUCUAAGUGAGCAGGUAUCCUAUAUAUGUGAAGAAUGUGGCAAAUGUUUUGGUCAAAAUGAAGACUUUGAUCAACAUCAGAGAAUUCAUAAUGGAGAGAAGGUCUAUGGAUGUAAGGGAUGUGGGAAGACUUUCAGUUUUAGAUCACAUUGCAUUGCACAUCAGAGAAUUCACGCUGGGGCGAAACCCUAUGUAUGUCAAGAAUGUGCUAAAGCAUUCAUUUGGAAGUCAAACUUGAUUCGGCACCAGAGAACACAUACAAGAGAGAAACCCUUUGAAUGUAAGGAAUGUGGGAAGGGAUUUAGUCAGAACACAAGCCUUACACAACAUCAGCGAAUCCACACUGGGGAGAAACCAUAUACGUGUAAGGAAUGUGCGAAAAGCUUUACUUGGAACCCAGCCCUCCUUCGACAUCAGCGAAUCCACACUGGGGAGAAGCCUUAUGAACGUAAGGACUGUGGGAAAGGCUUCACAUGGAACUCGGAUCUUUCUUAGCACCAGAGGGUCCACACUGGGGAGAAGCCUCAUGAGUGUCCUGACUGUGGGAAAAGCUUCAUUUGCAAGGCACACCUUAUCCGACGACAGAGAAUCCAUACUGGGGAAAGACCCUAUAAAUGUAAUGACUGUGGGAAGGCCUUCAGUCAAAAUUCUGUUUUGAUUAGGCACCAGAGGCGCCAUGCUAGAGAAAAACCCUAUAACUGUUAGAUCUCCCACCUUCUUGAACAUUAGAGAAUACAUAAUGGUGACACUUGUUUAUAAUUUUCAUGCUACACGUACCCCAAGACAAAAUGAGAUGACCGUCCACACUUGCUGUUACUCUAAUAGCCAGUAUUAUCUUUCUCCUUCUCCAGAACAGAUACCCUGUACUCUAGCAAGACUGGUUGCUCUGUUCAACCAUGUUUAUACUAAGCAACAUUUAGUUGAGCACCUACUCUAUAUCAGGCACUUGUGCUAACCAUUUUACAUACAUUCUUUAAUUUUUCUUAAUCCUAUUAAGGUUGAUACUCUUAUCUGCAUUUUACAAAUGAGAAAUCUGAGGUUGAAACAGGUUAUAAAACCCGUUUUAGGGUUGCUCAGCAAGUAAGUUAUAGAGCUGAGACUGGAACAAGGCCUAUUUGACUCGAGUCUACUCUUCAUUUGUGUACAUUUUUGCCUCUACCCAUUUUUAUUUGCUAAGUUUCCCUGGGCUAAAAGUUUCCCUUCCUCAUCUAAGACUCAGCUCCUCCAACUGAACAGACCUCUCCUCCUAUUCUACUUGUAAUCUGU